AUGAAGACUCCUGCCCAGGAAGAACCACCAGGCUUCGGGAAGGCCUGCACCGGAGCCGCCCCAGGCCCGGCGCAGCCCCACGGUUCCCCUGGCAACGACUCCCCACGGGCCCUCCGCCGCCGCCAGCCCUCCCCUGCCCGGCGGGGGCCGGUGCCUCCCGGUGCGGCCUUACCCGAGCGCCGAAGGGAAAAUGGAGGCCUCGGCGGCGGCGGCGGCGAGCGAGGAGAGGCGGAGCAGGCGAGCGGCGACCUCCGGGCGGGCGGAGCGGAGCCACUUCCUCUUCCGGUGGCGGCGAUGAGGGGCACCGCGGCGGGGAGGCCGCGGGUGCUCGCCCAGGUGCUGGCGCUGGCGCUGGGCGUUGCUGUGCGCACCGGGACCGGAACCGGAACCGGAACCGGGGUCGUCACCUGCGGCUCCGUGGUGAAGCUGCUCAACGUGCGGCACAACGUCCGCCUGCACUCGCAUGAUGUGCGCUACGGAUCCGGCAGCGGGCAGCAGUCGGUGACCGGGGUGUCGGCGGCGGACGAUGGGAACAGCUACUGGCGGGUGCGGGCCCGCACGGCCGGGGUCUGCGAGCGCGGAGCGCCGGUGCGGUGCGGGCAGAGCAUCCGGCUCACGCACCUGGGCACCGGCCGCAACCUCCACAGCCACCGCUUCGCAUCCCCGCUGUCCGGGAACCAGGAGGUGAGCGCGUUCGGGGAGGACGGUGAGGGUGAUUACCUGGACGACUGGACAGUGGUGUGCACUGGGACCUACUGGUCACGGGACAGCGAGGUUCGCUUCCAGCACACCUCCACCGACGUCUUCCUCUCGGUGACGGGGGAGCAGUAUGGGCGCCCCAUCCACGGGCAGAAGGAGGUGCACGGCAUGGCUGCCUCCAGCCAGAAUAACUACUGGAAGGUGAUGGAGGGCAUCUUCAUGCAGCCCAGUGAGGUCUUCAAGGCGGAGCAGUACCACGCUGAGUUGUGAUGGAUGCAGACGGCCUCUGGGUGCUGCCCUGAGGUGGUUGGGGCCGCUCAGACAAGGGGAUGGCCCCUGUUCUCAUUGGGGUUUGAUGUGUGCCAGGACACAGGGCCCCAAUUUUAACACGAAGCACAUCCCAGACACAAAGAUCCCAGUGUCCUGAAUUCGAUGUGAAGCAGAUCCUGGUGUCCCAAAUCUGACACAAAGCAGGUCCAACAUCCAGAUCUGACCCAAGGCAGAGCCCAAGAUCCAACAUGGAGCAGAUCCUCACAUCCUAAAUUCAGCUGAAAGCAGGUCCUGUGUCUAGUCCUGACCAAAACUGAGUCCAGCAUCCAAGACCCAGCACAAACAGGUCUCCGUGUCCCAAAUCCAGCCUAAAGCAGAUCCCAGCAUCCAGACCUGACCUCGAGCAGAGCCCAACAUCCAACAUGAAGCAGAUCCCCAUGCCCCAAAUCCAACACAAACCAGAUCCCAGCAUCCAGACCUGACCCAAAGCUGAGCCCAGCAUCCAAGACCCAGCAAAAGCCAGGUCUGCGCAUCACAAAUCCAGCACAAACCAGCUCCCGAUGUCCCAAACGCAGUAAGAAGCAGCUACCAACAUCCAGACCCAGCCCAGAGCAGGAUCAGACUCCCCAGGCCCCCCUCAUAGAGAACCCCUAUCAAGCACUACCCUGUACCCCAUUCCCCCCUCUGUACCCCGAACCCCGUUACCCUACGGCCAUAAAACACCCGAAUCCCC